AGAGCGAGAUUUUUUUAGUUAACAAUUAAUAAACAAUUAGGCAUUUUUAAUCUUGCCAGCAUUUUUUAGUAAUUUUUUUUUAACAAAAUUCGCUUCGGUAAAACUAACAGGUUAGCAUUGUUGGAAGGAGUAUGAACUCGAACACUACCAAGUAAAUUUUACAGGCAGUUUAAUAUUUGGUUGCAUUUUGGCAUGUUUUGUACUGUUAAUGUUAUCGGAAUUAAUUCAUAAAUUAGUAAUUCGUCAAGGUACUCAUAUUGUCGUCGGACCGUCAGAAUGUGCUAGAAUAUUAGCUAUAGAAACGCUGGCAGGCAAAAGUCAUUGGAAUGUAAUGAACAGCGUGCUCCGAGUGCUAGUCGACCAUGGUCAUAAUGUCACUGUGUUCACUUCAUUCGUCGAGGGAGAUAGAGACAACUAUACUGAAAUCGACUUAUCUAAUGUAAUAUUACCAAUAAUUGAUUUAGAAUAUUCUAUCGUUCUUAAAAUUUUACAUCAAGUGUCAACAUACAUGCCUAUGAUCAUGGACGUGACAAGAUAUAACUGUUACGCCACUUAUACUCACAAACGAAUGCAAGACAUUUUGGCAAAGGGCAACGACACAGAAUUCGAUUUAGUCAUUACCGAACCAUUGGCAUCCGAGUGCGUCUCAUAUGUAGCAGCUAAGUUGAACAGACCUUUGAUAUAUAUCGUUCCAUCUACUCAAAUUACUUUUAUAGAAUGGGAGAUAUUUGGGUAUAUGUCGAAUCCUGCCGUCAAUUCUCACUUGAUGGCUGAUCAUGCUUUUCCUAAAACAUUUAUGCAAAGACUUGAAAACACUAUUCUUACACUAUACAGCUCAUACUUACUUAAACUUUCAGAGUAUCAAAUGAAAACUCAGUCCAAACAAUUUUAUGAUGAAAUAGAUCCUGCAAAAUGCUCUUUAAUUUUUUCCAACACGCAUUUGAUCAAUGAAUCACCUAGAUCUAAUUUUGCCAAUUUUAUACAAAUUGGUGGAAUACAUUUGCAAUCUCCUAAACUGUUACCAAAAGACGUGUUAGAAUUUAUUGAAGAUUCACCUCAUGGCGUUAUUUAUUUUUCUUUUGGAACGAUAAUAGCGAUGUCAAGUUUACCAAACAAUACAUUAAAUAUAUUUAAAGAAGUAUUAUCACAAAUACCGCAAAGAGUAUUGUGGAAAUAUGAAAGUGAAAUGAAAGAUAAACCAGUUAAUAUUAUGACCAAAACAUUUUUUCCACAAAGAGAUAUUCUUUUACAUCCCAAAGUAAAAUUGUUCAUUAGUCACGGUGGCAUAUCAGGAAUACACGAAACAGCUGAUGCUGGUGUUCCAGUAUUAGGGUUUCCUUUAUUUUUUGAUCAGUCAAAAAAUAUGGAAACCCUAGUAGAAGCAGGAAUGGCUAUUUCUAUGGAUUUUUUUACUAUGAAAAAACAAGAUUUAAAAGAUGCUAUAAUUAAAUUAAUUAACAAUUUAAAAGUUUAUACAACAAAUGAAAACUUUAAAAAGAUUCUGAGUAUUGAUAAAUGUACUAAUAACAUAAAAGCUCAAAAUUCUUAUAAAAUUCAAGCGGUGACAAAUAUAAUGUAUCAACUUUCCGUAUUAAAUGCUCUAUAUGACCCUCGAGCUAUGCACAUUGCUCUGAUAAAAAUUUUAAUUACACAUAGAUUUAUUACCAUGGCUGAUUUUAUGCAUUAUAAGGAUGAAUUUGUAAACUAUAUACAAACAGCAUUUCCCGGUGAAAUUUCAGAAACAAUGAAAUCUUCGUUUCAAAAAUUUUUAAUAAAUUAUGGAAAAGCAUUAAUUAGUCAUAAGAUGUUAUUGGAUAGAUUAGGCUACGAAAUCGAUGAAAAUUUUGUAAUCAAUGAAAAUAAACAUUUUAAAAUUGAUCCUCAAAAUGGUUUAAAAGCAGAGCUUUUCACUGACGAAAAUGACGAACUAGCCGAAACGAUUAACGAAGAAAAUAUUGAAAAAUACGAGCAAUGCUCUCAAAAUUAAAUCUAUAUAUAAAUAGAACUAAAAAAUGUAUUAAUCUUCAUGGUAAUUUUCUUUAAUCCACUGCGCACUGAUGGAUGUAUUCAUUGUAAAAUGAUAUAUAAAGUCUGUUACAUUAAAAAUUAUAGU